GUUGCCAUCGCGUAACGUUCAUCAGGCCAAAAUUCACAUCAUUUCAAAUUUAAUCAUAUUUCUAAUUCAUCGUAAGGUUAUAAAUAACUCUAAAUAWAAACGAGAGGUAUGGUCGAAAAACAACUGCAGGGCUCGAAUAGUCUGCUAUUGUCUUUUGGGUGUUUUGUUCUUGACAUCUAAUUAUUGAAUAUAUGUUCCCCAACAGUUGUAUAGUAAAGAGCGAAUAUCAAACCUUCAAGAACGUUGCAAAACCAAACCAARACAACUAUGGUCUAAUAUGUCACUUCGACAGAAAGAAAAUAUCGCAAAACGAAUCAUAGUGGACGAUAAUCAACAACUGCUCUACUGUCAUAUUCCCAAAGUAGCAAGCUCUAACUGGAAAAGAGUGAUAAUGGUACUGAAUGGACGCGCAGWCAGUUCAAAGUCAAUUAAGAAAGUUAAUCAUCAAGACUUCACAUUCUUGUCCGACUUUUCACCGCAAGAAAUGGACCUUCGACUCAAAACGUACUACAAAUUYUUGUUUACAAGAGAGCCACUCGAGCGUCUUGUCAGCGCUUACAAGGAUAAAUUUUUAACUGGCAAUAAWUUUUUUAUUGSCAAGUGGGGCUCACGAAUAAUAAAGAAGUAUCGCAAGAAUGCUGAAAACAGCAAUAACAUCCCAACUGUAGAUGAGUUCUUUCACCAUUUGUUAAAAGACACUAAACUUGAUGCGCAUUGGACGCCUUACGUGGAUCUUUGCGAACCAUGUGUCAUUUCAUACGACUUUAUUGGUUCUUUUGAUUGCCUUGUUCGAGAUGCUCAAAUACUGUUAAAGAAAUUGCAUUUACAAAAUUUAGUGCAGUUUCCUAAAAAACAACCCUACUACAAGAAGAGAACAAUUAACACUUCUCUCGAUUAUUUCCUUUCGCAAGUUCCUCGACAACUGACUAAACAAGUAGUUGAAAAAUAUGCUCAAGACUAUGAACUCUUUUCAUAUCCACUACCAACGUUGUAAUAGAGUUCACGCUAUAGAGUAAUUCUCACGUAAAUUGGUAGUGAGUAUUUUUACUGCGUUAUAGAGUAUUAAGUCAAAAAACCCGUGAAAUAAAUAUUGCACAAAUACACUUUAGUACGCUCUAAGUGCAUUUUYUCCUCUUGUGUCUAUUCGUCUAUCACACUUCAAUAGUCAAAUUUUGUUUCACUGGUUUAAUGACUUCACUCUAUGAAGACAAUGGUAGAGAAUGUAUACYCAAUGYUUUACAGCCCUUUCAAUAUGACGUCAUUAACUUCGAAAAGGUCUACACAAGAAAGUCGAAAAAG